AUGGACAAGGAAGGAGGGCUGCCCGAAGCGAGGGUUGUUAAUCAGCCACUACCUUCGGAGGAGAAUAUGGAGGAAGCUUUGAGAAGAAGCGCCCUGGCCGUUUCAGAUUCUAAGGAAACUGUUCAAACAGAAUCCUAUGAGGGACCCAUCAAGGUUGCUUUGGAGGAAGCGAUGGCGAAGAAGCAGCUGGAAAUGGCUGAGGAGAAGAAGAAGAAGAAGAAGAAGAUCAAAGAGAAGAGGGCUGAGGGAGAUGAGGAAGCCCAUUUAAUCAAGAAGAAAGAAAGAAAAAAUAGUGAAAAGAAGGAACGCAAGCGGGAGGAGAUACGCCUGAAAAAGAAGGAAGAGAAGAGAAGAGGGCUGAGAGCCCAAAAGUCGACGGAGGAUGAGGUUGUGUCAGCGCAACAGAGAGAAUCAGCGCAACCUGAAGAGGGAACACGUAAAUAA